UUGCUGUAUUUAUUUCUUGAAAUCUUUAAUUAAAAGCGAAGUAAACGUGAAAUUCAUUACCAGAAACCAUGUUUCUAACAAAUAUAUUAUUUAAGAAAGCUAAAGCCAAGCACAUUAUGGUGUUAAUGGAGAGCAUGGUAUCGGGCCAUAAGUUUAACGCUAUCCGGGAACGACUGGCGGACAAAUUAGAAUUAAUACGAUUCGAUCCUUACAUUCGGCAGCUAAGUCUGUACAAGGAAAGGAAGAAGAUUAGGAGCAUCAAGUCAUCAUAAAUCAGGUCCUAAUAUA